AGCACCCUAACCAGGAGUCAUGGCGACCCCAACAACCUCCAAAAAGGCGUUGUUUAUUGUGCUUCAUUUUGAGUUAAGUUUCUUCGCCCCUCGGCGGAGUUUCCCACCAACACAACUUUCAUAUAAACAAACACUCCUCACUUCAUAUUAUCAUAUCACAAACCCUUUUAAACUUCGCGUCAUUACUCUAUUCUUCUUAGUCCAUUAAACACAACUCAAAACACUUAUUAAAAUAAUUAAUUAAUGGCUUUGAGUUUGUCACCCCAACCCACCACCAAAACCGUUCUCCAAACACCGUCCUCCUCUGUUACUUUUCGCCGUCUAUUAACGUCUCAUUCCGUCCCUUUCCGUAACUGUCGGCGACGCCCCCUCGCCGUGCGCAACUCGGCGGCGGCGGCUCCUUCUGCGGCGACGACGGUGGUGUCGAGGGAGUGCGCGGUGAGGUCGGUGAAGGCGAGGCAGAUCGUGGACAGCAGAGGGAAUCCGACGGUGGAGGUGGAUCUGGUCACCGACCAGCUUUUCCGAUCCGCCGUGCCGAGCGGUGCGUCGACGGGGAUUUACGAGGCUUUGGAGCUCAGAGAUGGAGACAAGAGCGUCUAUGGUGGGAAAGGCGUUCUCAACGCCGUUAGGAACAUCAAUGAAGUUUUGGCUCCCAAGCUCGUUGGUGUCGAUGUUAGGAAUCAAGCUGAUGUGGAUGCUAUUAUGCUGGAAAUUGAUGGAACUCCUAACAAGUCCAAACUAGGGGCUAAUGCAAUAUUGGGAGUUUCACUGAGUGUGUGUAGAGCUGGUGCAGGAGCAAAGGGAGUGCCCUUGUACAAGCACAUCCAGGAGAUUUCAGGAACUAAGGAACUUGUUAUGCCGGUUCCAGCUUUUAAUGUUAUAAAUGGUGGUAGUCAUGCUGGAAAUAAUCUGGCUAUGCAAGAAUUUAUGAUAUUACCGGUUGGAGCAACUUCAUUUGCUGAGGCACUCUGCAUGGGCAGUGAAGUUUAUCACGUAUUAAAGGGCAUAAUCAAGGCAAAAUAUGGACAAGAUGCUUGUAAUGUUGGAGAUGAAGGAGGAUUUGCUCCCAAUGUUCAGGAUAACAGGGAAGGUCUAGUUUUACUCAUUGAUGCCAUUGAGAAGGCUGGUUAUACUGGCAAGAUUAAAAUAGGUAUGGAUGUUGCAGCUUCGGAGUUUUACACUAAGGACAGGAAGUAUGAUUUAAACUUCAAGAAACAGCCAAAUGAUGGAACUCAUGUUCACUCUGCUGAGAGUCUUGGUCAACUUUAUAAAGACUUUGUGAAAGAAUUUCCAAUUGUGUCAAUUGAGGAUCCGUUUGAUCAAGAUGAUUGGGGUUCAUGGGCUUCACUACUCUCUUCAGUUGAUAUACAACUUGUAGGAGAUGAUUUGUUAGUUACAAAUCCAAAGAGAAUAGCUGAAGCCAUCCAGAAGAAGGCUUGCAAUGGUCUGCUUCUAAAGGUAAACCAGAUUGGCACAGUGACUGAAUCUAUUCAGGCUGCACUUGACUCAAAGGCUGCAGGUUGGGGUGUCAUGGUUAGUCACCGGAGUGGUGAGACUGAGGAUAAUUUCAUUGCUGAUCUCUCUGUUGGCUUGGCCAGUGGACAGAUUAAGACUGGCGCUCCUUGCCGUAGCGAGCGAUUGGCAAAGUAUAAUCAGCUUCUUCGGAUUGAAGAGGAACUUGGAACUGUGCGAUACGCUGGUCAAGCUUUCAGAUCACCUUAGUGUGAUCUCUAAAACUUAUUCCGGAAAUAUUUCUGCAUCAGAAUUUGAUUUGAUUAAGAAAACAAAUGGGACCAAGGAAAUUCCUGAGUUUUGAUAUAACUGCUAGCCUUAUAUGGGGUUUUCAAAAGAUCUACUUGAUGAAUUAGCCUUAUAGUGUGUGUUUUGAACUGAAAUAAUUACUUAGUGAGUAAUUAACUGAUGCCUGAAGCCACUAUUAUAAUGUGAGGCAGUACUUUGUUGUAAAUUAAAUGCAGCGACAAAGCUGCGUAGUUGUAUUCAAAAAUUAUCUACUUGAUGAGUUAGCCCUUCUGCUUACCGGAAUAAGAAUUUGUA